AUAAGAAUGAAACAUUGCUGUGGCUGUUGCAACCUAGAGGAGAGAUUUGAACUUUCUUCAAAAUCGUUUGAUUACUUUAUGUUUGUUGUCGCUCUGCAACGAAUUGAUUUUGAUCUUGUCAAAAUGGGGAAAAAAAAGCUUUUACGCUCUAAUUCUAUUCAACUUUUCGAUUCUACAUAGAAACUAUUGUCUGACUAGCUGGUGGUUAUGUCAUCCUCCAAUAGAUUUGAUUCCUGAUAGCUGAUGGCUGCGUGUUGCAAUGCAGGUGGUGAUGAAGGAAUUAUACCGAUAGGCCACGGAAAUAAUCCCGAGCAUGGGGUCUAUCCAAGGGAGCUGUCACCUUUAGGCCCUUCCUGGAAACCUCAACAUCGCCCAGGCACCAAUGGAGGAGGUGGUCUACCUAUAGAUCAUGGAAAGAGUACAGGGCAAAUGGCCUACCCAAGGGACAAGCCGCCUUUAGCCCCAUUCAGGCAGCCCCAAUAUGCAUCGUCGAACUCUGAGUAUACUAAUCAUGUACCUUACCCUGCUGCAAAUCAUCCCAUCCCCUCUAUGGGACAACCUAGCUACCCACCACCAGUUCAUAGGACGGUGACUCCUCCCCCGCCGCCUCCUCCAGCUAAUGUUGGUUACAUACCAACCUUUCUUCCAAACUCAGAGUACAUAAACAUGCCGGCAUCUGCAGCACCAACUAGAGGAGGGGCAGCAAGACCGUCGGCUGCUGGUGUAGCCAUGGGAGCUGGAGUUGGAGGAGCUCUUGCUGCUGGUGCUGUGAUCUUCGGAGAUGAUUUCAUGUCGGGAUUUAGCAUCCCAUCAAGCUUACCAGAUCCUAGUCUUACAAUAUCUAUGGAUCCUACUUUCUGACAACAAUAAUUCGUUGCCGAAUGCUCGUUUUAUCGUGUAAUGAAGUGUACAAGAUGGUUUCAUCUCUUUCUCUUGGUCCCCCACAUUGUCCACGAGUUACAUUUUCCUUACCUUUGUAAAUCAGUUGCAGCAUGGUGCUAUUACAGACAACAUAAUGAUGCCUGCAGAGAGAGAGAGAGAGAGAGACAGAGCGCAUGAAUUCUAGUGAGACGUUUGCAGAGAUGGCUCCUUCUGUCCUUCAUAUCACCAAAAGCCCUUUGGAGAAACUUCUCAAUAACAGUCACAAACUCUUCCAUUUUUUCUUCACGUAGAAGAGGCCACAAUGCUUGAUUACUUCAACCGUUCAACGUCAAAUCCAGGUAGGGCCUGUGAACGUCUCUUAACAUUCCAUGCAGGAACGAUUCGAUCGGUAUCAUCGGUCACUAUGAGAACCGGGUUUGAAAAUGGCAAGAAUCCGUAUUACUCUACUGUAUUAGUUACUCGAGACUUAGAAUCAACAAAGCUCUUUUGUAUCAUAACCAUGGUUCAAAAAGGCACGCUUAAUCUCACGCUUAGGCACGCCUAGGCGCAAGGCAAUAGCAAAACGCCUCGCCUAGGGGUUUCACGCCUAAUUAGAUACUAGAACACGUCAUGGAGUAAGGCGACAUAUAAGUCUCUCCUUAACAUUACUAGAUGGAGCUAGUAAGUCAAUAUUAAAGGCCAAAAAUUAACAUCAACUACGAAAUCAAUUUUCUAUUACAAUAUUUUCAACAGCUCAAGAACUUUGUGAGCUAUUGAGCUAUGAUUCUAUGAAUUCGUGAGCUAUGUUCUUGUCAUUAAGUGUUGAGUAAGUUAUUAAUCAUUUUAACUGAAGUGAGGAAGUGUUGUAGAUAAUUAUUUCACUCAUCAUGCAGUGCGAAUAGCUAUUUUUCUUCCAACGCCUAAGCACGCUUAGUCUAUGUCUAGGCGAGCUAGGCGCAAGGCAAAGGCUCAACGCCCGCCUUACGCCUAGCGCCUUUUUGAACCUUGAUCAUAACACCAUGAACACUUACCAGGACAAGUAAUUUCAUGAAGCCUUUUUGAUACCGGUGUUAUGAUACAAAAAAAUCGCAUUAAGAAGGUCUACAAGAAAUCGAAGGCCUGCAAUUUCUGAUGAUUAUGAGGUUUAUCUUCACGAGUUGGAAUCUGAUUUAGGACUCUAUCAUGAUCUAGUUUCAUUUUCACCAGUCAUGGAAAGUGAGCAUUCUGAUAAAUGGUUAGCUGCCGCGAAAGAAGAGAUGAAAUCUAUGUAUAAAAAUGAAGUUUGGGACCUUGUUGAUUUGCCUGAAGGUUGUAAAAGAGUUGGUAAUAGAUGGGUCUGGAAGACCAAACACGACUCUAAUGGAAAUAUCGAAAGAUACAUGGCCAGACUUGUUGCCAAAGGUUUCACUCAGAAAAGUGGUGUUGACUAUAAAGAGACAUUUUCACCCGUCUCUAAGAAAGACUCCUUAAGGAUUGUCAUGGCCAAUGUAGUUAAAAGCUAUAGUUUAAGCCUAAAAGCUUACGCUUUUAAGUUCUUACCUCCUCCAAUAUAGUAAUUUUCUUUGAAAAAUCUUUUGGCAUCAUAAGCUUAAUAUAAACUCUUCAAAACCACAAUAUGUGCAUAAAAAUCCUUAAAAGCU